ACGACGCCGUACACACACGGUUAAUCCCACUACUAAUCCUUCGUUUCACUCUUCUUCUCUUCAUCUUCUUCUUCCUCUCGCAACUCCAAACACAUCCGGAAAAGGAAAAAACCACGAGAUUUUACAAUGCCCUACUACUCCAGAGAUGAUGAAGCUGUCGACGACUUCGAUGAGUACGAUCCCACGCCUUACGGCGGCGGUUUCGACCUCUUUCUGACAUAUGGCCGUCCACUUUCACCCUCCGAAGAAACCUGCUACCCUCACUCCGCCGGCAACGACGACGACAUCGAUUACGAACGUCCCCAGUUUGAAUCCUACGCUGAGCCCUCCGCUUACGGCGACGAUGCCCUCCAGGCUGAGUACAGCAGCUACUCCCGUCCAAAGCCCCAUUCCUAUGGAGCUCCCUCUGGGGAACAAGGAUAUGGAUCUUCCAGGCCACAGCCGGCUUAUGGCUUCCAGCCCAGUGGAUCGGAGUAUGGGUCUGAAGGAUAUCGCCGUAAACCGGAGUAUGGAGAACAGGAGUACGGAUCUGGUGGGUAUGGGAGGAAACAGGAAUCGGAGUCUUACGGAUCUGGAGAGUAUGGAUCUGGUGGGUAUAGGAGGAAACAGGAGUCAGAGUCUUACGGAUCGCAAGAGUAUGGAUCUGGUGGAUAUGGGGGGAGACAGGAAUCAGAUUCUUAUGGAUCUGGUGGGUAUGGUGGGAGAAAGGAAUCAGACUCUUAUGGAUCUGGUGGGUAUGGGAGGAGACAAGAAGAGGGAGAAUCGGAGGGAUACCGGCGGCAAUCUGAAUCUGAAGAGUAUGGAUCAGGGCGGAAACAGAAGUAUGGGGAAGAAGGGUAUGAAGGUUCUGGGUAUAAAAGGGAGGAAUAUGAUAGGCCGAGUUAUGGGGAUGAGCCGAGGAGGCCGAGCUAUGGGCGGUCGGAGGAAGAGGAUUACCGGAAGCCAAGCUACGAGAGGCGGGAUGAGGAUGAAGAACGCCGAUAUGGGUAUGGGGAAGAAGGAUAUGGGCGGAAGAAAUACGGUGGGGAGGAUUCCGGUUCCGACGAGGAGAAGCACAGCCGCCGCCACCACCACCGCCGGAACUAUGACGACGAGUGAGUGACUGUGAGUUAGUGAUCGGCGUUCUGAAAUGGGUACUAAAUAAGAUUGGGACGCCCAUUGGUUGGUUGUUUCUGAUACAUUUGUCCAACUGUGUGUUGUGUUGAUGCUUUCGUUUUACUGUUUUGAAUGUUUUUGUGUGGUUUUUGUUGUUUUGUGAUUUUGUAACAUAACAACAACAACAAUCUACUUCUAAAUACUUCAAUCAAAGUUCAUUGUGAUGUUUGAUUGCAUCCUUUAGUUUCAA